GCGACAUAUAGUAAAUAAAUAGAUAAAUAAAUAAAACGCCCCUUUUUUAUACGCUCCUAACUUGAGUUAAGUGCCGAGUACUAGAGUUUGCUUUAACUAUUAGAAGUUAUGUAUCUCCAUUGACACCGAUAGCAAACAAAAGGGGUAUAACGUGGCCCAAUAAUAACAAUAGAAUCAAGUCUAGCGCGGCCUCGUCUCAUAGCUAUUACAUAUGGCUAUGACUAUGACUAUGUAAGUCCGCUCGGUAACUAUUUGUCUUGGCCUCUAUAGGACAGAAAUGCCGAAAGUCACCGUACGACAACGUCCAGCUUCCCGUCUCGCUAGGAUCAAUGGAGGAAUAACCGUUAGAUGUUGAUGCCGGGUUUAUGGGUUUAUGGGCUGCAUGGUCGUUCCCCGCAUCCCAUAUGCAAAGAAUCCACCGAAUGCUACGGUAGAGAUCGAUAUUAUCCAUUCGAUCUGGACCGGGGCACGUCGUCGUCUUAAACUCUCCACCAACCAUCUUUCUAACCUGUUGGACCCUGAAAAACCACCACAUUUCGCGGUAAUUUAGGUAGUUGGUUUAGAUAUACCUACUUACCUCACGCACAAUGGAUAAGCUGCGACCGCUCGGCCGCGGAAUCGAUGAUUUGCUACUUCCUACGUUCGCAGCGUAUGCGCCGCUCGUCCUCGCGAAGGAGACCGAGAUCAAGUCUACGCGACGCGAGACGCACAAGUACGGGAGCACUCCGCGACAGCAGCUAGACGUCUACUUCCCGGACCAGGCCAAAGCGGCGCCGCAGUUCCGCGCGAAGCCCGUGUUCGUCUUUCUAUACGGAGGCGGGUUCGUUGGCGGCGGUAAGAUAAACGACGAGUAUGCCCACGGCUUGGUGUUUAAGAACGUGGGCCACUUCUUCGCUUCCCGCUACGGCUUUACCGUUAUCGUCCCGGACUACCGGCUCAUUUCUCACGGCGCCAAGUAUCCCUCCGGUGGCGAGGACGUGAAGCUUGUCAUUGAUUGGAUCGCGAAGGAGUUGACGAAGCAGGAGGGGUAUGAGUCUAUUGACUUAUUUCUGCUGGGUAAUUCUGCUGGAGGUAUCCACGUUACGACGUACCUCCUGGACCCGGGGUUUAAAGAGUCCAGGGAAGCGGUUGUGUCCGAGGAGCGAAAGGGCCCGGGCGUACUACUCAGGGGCGUGGUACUGCUCGGCGUGCCGUUCCAUUGGGGCGGCGAUGACAAUGCGAUUCUACGAGCGUACUUAGGGGAGGGCAAGAUCUGGGAGAACUCGUCCCUUGGUAUUCUGGACAAGGAGAAAAAGAAGGGCUCGGAGCCGGUUCUACCCGGUGUUAAGAUUAGUAUCCUCGUCAGCGAACUGGACCCCGAGCUUAUAUAUGAGUCGGCGCAGCAGUUCAAAAAGGAGUGGACGAAAGCUGAUAUCACUUACGAUAUCCUGGACGGGCACAAUCAUAUCAGCCCUCAGUUAGGCUUGAGUACGGGAAUUGAGAAGGAGGAAGCUUGGGGCGUACAGGUCGCUGAGUUCUGUCAGUCACGCGCUACUAAAUAAGAUAUUUGCUGGCAAGGCAUCGAGGAUCCCAUGAAAUAUAAUAUGAUACACAGUAUAUUUAUUUUGUUACGGUUCAUACGA